AUGUCCAAGGAGGCCGUUUUGGGCAGACUUUGGGGCAGCGGAGGGGAGGGGAGGGGAGGGGGGGAGGCGAGAGGGAGGGGCCGCCGCCGCUGCCGUGUGACCGGGGGGCGACGGGAGCAGCGACGGGAGCAGGAAGAGGCGGCUGCUGGAGGCCGUUCCGCGGAGCUGAAGAUGUCCAAAGCGCUGGCGUUCAGGGCGCUGGUGCGGCAGCGGCUGACGGCCGCCCUGGAGGAGAUCUUCGGGCUGUUCGAGGGCGCCGUGGCGGAGUACGAGGAGGAGAUAGGGCGCCAGCGCAGCCUGCUGGAGGCUCGGCCGGAGCCCGGGAGAGGCGGAGCAGGUGUCUAUGGGUGUAUUUUGGGGGAAGAAACGUGUCCUCCUGAGCCGCAGGACAGGGGCUCCAGUCCGCACCAGGAGGAUCUAAAGCGUCCGCACAUCAAAGAGGAGCACAAACAGCUUCAGGUCCAGCAAGAGGAUGAAGUCACAGUUUUUGGUCCAAUUUUGGUGAAGACAGCGCAGCGCUUCGCCGAGGAAACGAGAGAGGCAGCAGAGCCGAUGGAAACUGCAGCCGACAGACGGGCAGAACCCGAAGAAACGGCGAGAUGUUUACAGCCGGGUGCCCAUGACACGACCUCACAAAGUGCUGCAGCUGGGAGGGGUUUCAGCUGCCCCGACUGCAGUAAGACAUUUUCUCAAAAGGCUUAUCUGCUGGAACACCUGCGAUGUCACAGAGGGGAAAAAGCUUUCACCUGCUCAAUCUGCAACAGAGGCUUUCCCUGGAGGAAACAGCUGCAAAGACACAUGAGGACACAUUUAAUAGAGCAAAAGCUGGGGUGCAGUGCAUGUCACAAAGUCUUUAGUUGGCCUUAUCAGCUCAGGGUGCAUCAGUGUGCCAGUGAAGAGUCCUCACGCUCACAUCCAACACAACCUUCCCCCAACUGGCGCUCUGUCCCCGUUAGCCAUGUAGGUCACGGUGCCUUGAAGCAGUUCCCCUGCUCUCUGUGUGGGGAGACGUUCGGCCUUAAGGACAUGCUGCUGCGCCACCUCCGGUGUCACACAGAAGACGAGCCCGGUUUGUGGAAAGCGGUCCAACGCACAGGGAACACAGGGAAACAUGCUCAUUCACAGGGGGGGGCAUCGAUGGCUCAAACAGCUCACAGGGACAACGGGCUGUUCAAACAGACGUAA